AUGUCCUAUGAUCGCUAUGUUGCCAUCUGCAAGCCCCUGCACUACGGGACCCUGCUGGGCAGCAGAGCUUGUGCCACCAUGGCAGCAGCUGCCUGGGGCUCUGGGCUUCUCCAUUCCCUGCUGCACACUGCCAAUACAUUUUCUCUGCCUCUGUGCCAAGGAAAUGCUGUGGAUCAGUUUUUCUGUGAAAUCGCCCACAUCCUCAAGCUCUCCUGCUCAAAAUUCUAUCUCAGAGAAGUUGGGCUUAUUGUGAUUACUGCCUUUGUUUUACUAGGUUGUUUUGCUUUCAUUCUUUUCUCCUACGUGCAGAUCUUCAGGGCCGUGCUGAGGAUGCCCUCUGAGCAGGGACGGCACAAAGCCUUCUCCACGUGCCUCCCUCACCUGGCUGUGGUCUCCCUGUUUCUCAGCACUGUGAUGUUUGCCCACCUGAAGCCCUUCUCUAUUUCCCUCCCAUCCCUGGACCUGGUGCUGGCACUUCUGUACUCUAUGGUUCCUCCAACACUUAACCCUAUUAUCUACAGCAUGAGGAACAAGGAGAUCAAGCAUGCCCUCAGCAAAGUGUUGCAAUAUGCACUAUUCCAGCUUCAGUAA